GAUAAUGAUAAUUUAGGAGAAAACUGGAUUUUUUCAACGCCGCGUACAUUUACAAUUUUUUUAAAGAAGAGAUGGAGCGAUUGCCAGAUGUUCUAUACAAGAGAGAGCUUGAAGAUAGCUGUUGCUGACUAAUCCCGAGAUCCGUGCAAUGUAUUCGACUACGAUGGGUGCCUUCCUGACGUUGGCGUAUUUCUUGCACUGCGAAGGUGCAGCGCCGGCUCUCAACGACCGGCCUAUCAUCGGAGUGUUGGCGCAAGAACAACACUACAAGUUUUGGGAUAAAUAUCCUGAGGACUACACUAGCUACAUCGCGGCAUCGUAUGUUAAAGCUUUGGAGGCGUCCGGAGCUAGAGUUGUGCCUAUAAUGAUCGGGAAAGACCGUACUUAUUAUAAAGAUAUUAUAGGCAAAUUAAAUGGUGUCCUUUUCCCUGGCGGAGCUACAUACUUCAACCAGUCCAACGGUUUCGCGGACGCUGGCCAACACAUCUACGAGUUAGCCACCGAAAUCAACGAGGCAGGGGACUAUUUCCCUAUCUUCGGCACCUGUCUUGGCUUCGAGCUGAUCAUCAUACUGGCUUCCGGUCGAGGGCCUGUCGAGAACAGGGUUACUUGCCACUCUUUUGGGAAUAGUCCUCUUAAUUUUACUAGUGAUUUCCGCAACAGCAAGAUGUACAAGAGCGCCGACGACGACAUUAUCAAUAUAUUAUCCCGUGAAGACAUCACAGCUAACCAUCAUCAGUAUUGCAUCGUGGAUGAGAAUCUAAAGUCUCACAACUUGACUGAAGACUGGCGGGUAACUGCACACAGCAACGACGCCAAUGGACUGAAGUUCAUAGCUAGCGUCGAACAUAAUAGGUAUCCAUUUUACGGCGUCCAGUUUCAUCCAGAAAAAAUCUUCGAAUGGAAACAGACCCAGACUUACCCUCAUACUUUUAAUGCGAUCAAAGCGAAUCGUCACUUCAUGGAUUUCUUUGUGAACGAGUGCAGAAGGAACCACCAUUCGUUUGCUGAUGCGGAAGAAGAAAAUAAGUGCCUUAUUUAUAACUAUAACACACAUUUUACAGGCGCAGAAGGGAGCGCAUACGAACAGUGUUAUUUCUUUGAGCCUAGAAAUGCUGGAAAAAGUAAAGAAAAUUAUACAAUUGUCGCAAUUUAA